AUGCCAUCUGAGGUUGAAAUUGUGGUAGAAAGAGAUGAAGAUGAGAUUGAGGUUACUAGCGAGUCUAAAAAUGCUACAGAGAAGGAAACAAAUGUGACCCAAAAGGUUGUUCCCAUGCCUAGACCUCCACCGCCAUUCCCACAGAUAUUGGUGAGGAAGUACGAGAAGGAAAAUACCCCAGAAACUUUGGAGCAAAUGCUUGGGUAUGCGAAGUUUAUGAAGGAUUUGGUGACCAAAAAGAGGGCUGUUAGUUUUGAGGAUGAUGCAAGGUUACAACAUUGUAGUGCUAUUGCUAUACGGUCAUUAGUGCAAAACAAAGAGGAUCUUGGGGCUUUCACUAUUUCUUGUACCAUUAGGAUGUUACAUUUUGUGAAGGCGUUAUGUGAUUUGGGUGUUAACAUUAAUCUGAUGCCAUUGUAUAUCAACAAGAAGUUGGGUUUAGGGGCUCCAAAACUGACUGCGAUGCGACUACUCAUGGUUGAUAGAACCGUGAAGAAGCAUAUUGGUGUUCUCCAAAAUGUCCUUGUGAAAGUGGAGUUGUUCAUUUUUUUGGCGAAUUUGGUGAUACUUUAUUGUGAGGUUGAUUUUGAGGUCUAUGAAGUAGGAAAGCGAUCUCAAGUCAGUAUUAGUGGUGAAUCAUAUUGUGGAGUGAGGUUCUGA